AUCGUUGACCUUACAUACAGCAUAUCCAAAAACUAUAUUUAUCUUACACUUUUAACCCACUCCUCACUGUUUCAGUCUAAAAAUUGGCCGAACGGGUUCGUCCGUCGCUCUGGUAUAGGCACCACUCAGAAUUUUAGCCUCGGAUUCAAAUCACCCACAGUUCCCAGUGCUCUCUUUACUCGACUAGCCAACAGGAACUUAGCAAGUAGCAAAUCGCAGCAGCGCCAGGUUCCGCUGACUUCGGGAAUAACGAAGGCUAAUUUCGAUGGGCUCCCAGAAUCACCAAUCAGAACAAAGCAGCAGUCUGAAACCAUUAGUUGGCUCUCACGCUUGAAAUCUGAGAACUGGCUGCCUUUUCGGACCCAUUCGUCUUUGCGUCGGUGCAAGCGGCGUUCCUCGAUGAAUGUGCUUUUCUAUCUCUCCAAUUCGGGACCGUCUGGCUCGUUUUCAGGUACGUCUGCAGGUCCUAUCGCCCCCAAUACUGCCCAUGGAAUCGGCGCUGAUGGUGUGUUCGGCCGACACCAAAAUUCAUUACGGCGGCUCGUGAGAGCAGCCACCCAGAUCCGAUUGAAUGAUGGACUAGAGAAGCGUGACUCCGAACUGGACGCAUCAACGGUGGAUCAGGACGCAUUCAGCAUAUCAGAUGGGCUAACAAUGAGUAUGUACUUUAGCCUCCCUUUGUCUCCAUAUUCACCUUUUGAAUUGGCGGGUGGAAGAUAA